GGUAAUAAAGAUGGAUAAGUUAGUGUAUCACGUGGGAAUCAUCGGCCAGAGAGGCGCCAGGACGGAGGUUUUUUCUUCCGUACCCGCGCAUAGAACAUGAACUUGGAGAAGGUCAGCGGUAAAUCUUCGCGAACAUUUCCGUCAGUGUCAAACGUAUAAUUUACGCUAUGUCGGAAGGAAAGGUUGCUGAUGACAGCCGCAAUCAAUCUCCAGUUUUAGCUAAAUCUCCGACUCUGUCAGCUUCUACGAGCAUGGAUAUACUUGACCGCUACAGGCUUAAGUAUGACAACUAUGUGGCGUACAGUGGAUCUGGUAUCGAACGUCGGACAGUUUCUUUGGAAGGGGUUCGGAAAGACUCCUUUGAAUCUGAUGGUUUAUUCGAUUUUACCUUCCCACUGUUUCAAAGAAAGCCCCAAGCUCCUCUCACUCGUCUUCCGAGCGAUCCAGGCUCGGGCCCUCCGAGCGCUUCAAAUUAUUCAACGGCUCCCAAUGUACAAGGCAAUUGGUGGGUACCACCGUCGCUCAAUAGCUUGCUUAUGUUUAUCGCUACAAAUCUAUAUCGACGUUUUCAAAAGGUUGCGAUAAACAUCCUGAUUUUUCAAUGGCGAUCUACAAAGAUAGAUCCAAGGACUGGAGAAUUGAAAGCAGAGGCUCCUAAGAAAAGACUGCUUGAUACUCCAGAAGCAUUAAAUACCGCGUAUCUAGAGUAUUCUGCCCAGCCAAUCUCUUCAGAGAGCAAUGUUUUAUACUACACGUUUAAUUGGAGAUCCCCAAGCACUUUGAACGCCAAACGUCCAUUCAUUGAUACCGAAGACAUGCAGGCUACUGGAAUGGAUACGCUUAGUAACUAGUCGCGAGGUCUACCUCGAGAGAUGAAUUCAAACCGAAGAACAAAGCAAUGAUUUCUAUUCCUGAUGCAGCAAUCUACUUUUCCGCAACCUGGACGCUUAUAGCAUCCGCGGCCCUGGUGCUGUCAUCCGCACCAGUUCAGACUCUGGCUCUGGCUCUAGCGCAGCACUCUUACGGUUCCGACCAUGUUUUCCCUUGCCCUUUAUGACCUCUUUCGCUGAACGCGCCACUUCUGGCCCCGGAUCUAGUUCUAGCUCUGGGAUAAUGGAGGGUAGAAACGAGGGACAUUACCAUGAUCUGCAAGGGCACGGUAUGAAUUGGGCACGCCGGGAGGAACGCCUUGUGCAAGUACUUGACUGGUUCUGUCCAUAUUAGCCUACCGUGGUGAUUUACCGUGAUGAUUUACCGUGGUGAUGGUGUUGUGAUGGUGUUGU